AUGAACGAUACGAUCAACAUAGCAGAAUCAUCGGCCGCAACACCUACUUACACACUGGCCGAUGUUCAGAAACGCAACAAAGCAUAUGGCGUCUGGGUGAUCACUCAUGGUUUAGUUUAUGAUGUGAUCAAGUAUUUUGAUGACCAUCCGGGAGAUGCUGCCGUCCUCCACGAAGUGGCUGGCAUUGAUGCGACUGAAGCGUUCAAGGAAGUCAGUCAUUCCAUCGAGGCAAACGAUGAGCUCAAGAUGCUCUAUACUGGUGACCUUGCCAGCGAGGACCGCGCUGCCUCCAUCAAAGUCUUUUGA